CCCUCUCUCCCUCCCUGGCACUGGCAGCAGCACCACCAGAAAGAAGUUGCUUUGCUUGGAACAGAGAGCCAAUUGCCAUGGGGGGGCCUUGCUGGUAGCUCCUGCAUCAUCCCCCCAGGUAGCCUCAUGAUAUGCAUGACAGAUUUCAUCGUCGUCAUCUGAAAAGCUCUCAUCAAUGGCGGCGCGCGGCGGCGCGCUGUGCUUCUCCUCCUCGUCCGGCGCCGCCGCCGUUACGAGCAGCAGGCCGAGCAGGAGGACAGGUGGCUGCAGGCCGGAACCGCCGCGGUUCUUGGUCGUCAGCUGCGACACCAGGACAGCGGACGUCUACUCCUCCCUGGCCGCGAAGCUACUGGGGCCUCCCACGACCUUCAACGCGGCGAAGCUCAAGGUGGAGUUCGCCGGGGAGGAUCUGCAGCUGCGGGGCAAGAACAAGAAGCAGCCAUUCCCCAGAGCCUACACUCUGACCCACUGCGACUUCACGGCCAAUCUGACGCUCGCCGUGACGGGGCCAAUGAGCAGCGAGCAGCUGCGGAGCUGGCAGUCGACGCUGCAGAGGGACGACGUGGUGGCCGAGUGGAAGGAGGCGGCCGGCGGGGAGAUGACGACGACGCUGCACGUGCAUUGCUUCGUCAGCGGCGCCAACCUCCUGCAGGAGCUGGCGGCGGGAUUCAGAUACUACGUCUUCUGCAAGGAGCUACCGCUGGUCCUCAAGGCGGUGGUUCACGGCGACGCUGCGCUGUUCGCUGAGCGGCCGGAGCUGAUGGAUGCCAAGGUGUGGGUGCACUUCCACUCCAGCUCGCGCAAGUACAACCGGAUAGAGUGUUGGGGUCCGCUCAGGGAGGCCACGAAGAGGAACCUGCAGCUGGAUCUGGAUGGGCGGCUGGACGAACUGCAGAGCGCAAUCACCAGGAGGCGACGCAAAUGGGCGAGCCCGGAGACAAUCUUCAACGCCCUCGUCGCACUUCUCCUAUGAUAACAAAUAGAUGGAGCAACUGAUCGAUGAGCAUUUGCGUCUUGUGUUCAUACAUUACAAGCAACACCAAGGAUCUGGAAGGAUUGGGAAAGGGUGUUCAUUCUUUGCUCUGGCUGAUGGAUGAAUUCGAUCAUCAGCAGAUAAUUAAACUGGCAUGCAUGCAUUCUUCCUAUGAUCGAUGUACCAUACCAAAAGUGAAGAUAAUUUUCCCUGUGAUGAUGCAGUUUAGAA